AUGAGUAAAGAAAAUAAAGAUACAAAGAAGCCGAAAGAUAUAGAUUUUUCAACUAAGGCAUUGCACGGCUUAGAUAAAAAGAGAGACCAAAUCAAAAAAUGUGAAAAAGAAAAAGAACGAAAGGAAUUUCCAAAUUUAUCACCCUUACCAACUGAUCCUCUGGAUCAACUACAAAAAAUAUGUGCACGGCAAAAAGAUGUAAUGACAAAUUCUUUAAAAGAAUCACAAGCAAAAGCAUCUCUUAGCAAUUUAUCGAAAGGCCAAUCUGGAGGGUUAAUAGCGGAAAAAAAUAGCUCAAAGUUAAUAAAAAAAUUAGAACCACUUCAAACGCCAAAAGACAAGACUACAUUUUUACCAUUGAGACCUCCAUCUGCCAAAUUUUCCGGGUUAAAUUAUUCAUCAAAAUCUGUAUCUUCUAUCGAAUCAAGCAUUGAAUACUUUGAAAAACUAGCUUCAAAAGUCAUUCCUAUUAAUGAAAAAAAAGAAAAACCCAUGCCAUUAUCAGCAGUACAGCCUAAACUUGAAAGGAGGAAAAUGUUUAGUCUUCCAAAUGCGCCAGAUGCUUCGAAUUUUUUUGUUAAUCAUGAUUAUUCUGUCGUAUUUUUAAACAAGUCACCAUCCGAAGAUAAAAUAAAAACAAUGAAGAAAUCAUUAUCACUUCCGAUUUCGUCUAAAAGUGAAACGGCUCAACAUUCUAUUUCUCCAUUUGGAUCAAUAUCAUCGGCUGCUCCAGCAAUUAAUGAGCUUAAAACAACUACCACUAUUUCACAACCUGAUUCUUCAAAGGAUGAAACUAAAAUAUCAAAUAUAUUUAGCUUUGAAACAAAACGUGCAGUAGUGAAUAUUGCUAGUAUGCUAAAUCUUCCAAAAAUAGGUAUCAAAGAUUUAUAUUACGAUACUCAACAACAUAUUGACAAGAAAAGUCAAGAUUUUAUUCAAAUCGGUCCUUUAUUCGCAAAAGUUGAAUGUAUGUAUCAUCCAUCAUUACCAAUUUUAAAAAAAGAUCCUCGAAUAAAUGGAUCAUUUCUUACUUUUUCAAAUAUUGAACAUGCUAAAAAUUCUGAUGUGAAUAAUUGGUUUGAAGAUGAAAAUAUUGAUUUGGCUUCUUAUAGAUUAGAAAAAAUUGCUAAUUAUAGAAAAAAAGAUUUAUUAGUUAUUAUUAGUAAGGAUAGAAAAAAAGAUUUUGAAAAUUUUGGUUAUAAGGCUUGUUCCGAAAUUUGGGCUUCUGAUGUUAUAAUUUGUGAAAAUAAUGUUUUAUUGUGUAAAAAAGUUGGAUUUAUUAACGAUGAAUUUAGUGAAAAUGAAAGAUGA